AUGCUAGAAUAGACUGAAAAGGAUCUCCAGGGUAAGCUACAAUGGUUGCUGGAAAACGUAAGCACACAUCCAAGGUAUAUUCAAGAAGUUUAAAGUACAAAUUAACAACUAAUAAAACUUGAAAUUCAAAUUGAAUCAAACAACAAUGACAAAUGUGGGUAAUCAGCCAGAGCUAGAUAAAACUUAUUAACCGAGAAAGUAAUGCAAAUGAGGAAAAAAUUAGACAAAACUACAAAUGAAGUGAUGAAAAGAAUUGAAUAAAUAAAUUUUGAUAUCUCAACUCACAAAGUAGCAAGUCUUUUCGUCGUUGAUAAUUUAGAAUUUAUUCAGAUUCUGGUAAAGAAAAUUUCCCUUGACCUGGUUGAUAUGAAGAUCAUGGAUAAAAAAACGGAUUUGAUGAUCUAAUAUCCAGAGGGAGAAGGUAAUGAAACAAUUGUUAAAGACAUUUGUAAGAUCAUACCGCAGUAUUAAAAUUUAAAUUACAUCUCAGAUUAAAAAGUCAAAAUAAGGUUUAGGAACAAAAUAGAGAGUAAACUUGCCUUUGACAUCAUUAAGGUGAUUACUGGGAAAUAUAAUGAGGAUGAUGAAUUGCAGGAAUUAACAAAAGAUCUUCUAGGCAAGAAAAGAUUAGAAAAAUAAAGCAAAGAGACUCCUUAACAAGUGCUUUUGCAGAAUGUUAAGUAGAUUAUGACACUGAUUCAAAUUGACGAUGAUGUUUAGGAAUAAAUGAUUUAACAAAAGCAUGCUAAUACGACUGCUAAAAGAUUAGAUUAUUUUGAUUACGGCCAGCUAGAUUUCGAUAGCCCCAGAAUUGAUUUGUUCAAAAGUGAUAACAAGCAAAAUAACAGAAAACCAAACUAACUUAAUUGA